CGCCAUGGAAACGCCGGCGCAUGCGCGGCCGCUCCCCUGCUCGUCACAAUUGAAGUCCGGGCGCCGGUUGUGGCGCCAACGUUGUCGAGCGUUGUGACCUCUCACCCCCCCGGGAGGCGGGCGGAUGAUGGACGACGUGGGGCGGGAGGGGCCCGGGACCGGGAUCGGGCCGGGGGCAGAGAGCCGGCGGCGGGAGGAGGGGACCCGGCGGCGGCUCCGGGCCUUCCAGGACAUCCGCGGGAAGGAGGUGAAGCGGGGUGAGUUCUGGGAUGCAGUGGUCAUCACAGCUGCCGACGGAGGUCAGGAGCAUGCAUUCCUGCAGCAGAUCGCCAGCAAGCUGGAGAGGAAGGAGCUUCCCCUUGGAGUUCGGUAUCAUGUGUUUGCUGAUCCAGCAGGACCUAAAAUUGGAAACGGAGGCUCGACACUUCACGCGCUCCUUCGAUUAGAAGAACUGUAUGGAGACCAGUUGGAUGGCUUCAGCGUUCUACUAAUCCAUGCUGGGGGAUACAGCCAGCGUUUGCCAAGUGCCAGCGCGUUGGGGAAGAUUUUCAUGGCUCUCCCUCUGGGCGAGCCUGUCUACCAGGUACUGGAGCUGAAGCUGGCCAUGUACAUCGACUUCCCUGCUCACAUGAAGCCCGGAGUCCUGGUGACGUGUGCCGACGACAUCGAACUCUACAGCGUGCCGGAGGCCCAGGCAGUCUGCUUCGACAGGCCUGGAUUCACGGCCCUGGCUCACCCAUCGCCCCUCUCCAUCGGCACUACGCACGGCGUCUUCGCCCUGGAGCCCAGCUCGGGAGAGGAGGGACAAGAGGAGCUGGAGUACCGACUCUGCCACCGUUUCCUUCACAAGCCCAGCAUGGAGGCAAUGCGGGAGGCCGGAGCGGUAUGCCAGUCAGUACGGGGACAGGCCCUCAGCUCAGACACAGAGUCCGCUGACUUCGUCUACACCGACAGCGUCUACUACUUCGACCGUCCGACGGCCAGACGGCUGCUGGCCAUCCUGGAGGAGACAGGUGGCAUUGGCUGCGAAAUCGAUGCCUACGGCGACUUUCUGCAGGCUCUGGGGCCUGGGGCCACAGAAGAGUACACCAGGAACACUGCCAACGUCAGCCAGGACCUGGACCAGCUCCCCGCAGUCAGGCAGAAGAUCUUCGCCUCGCUCCGGGGGACACCGCUCAAUGUGGCCGCACUCAAUAACUCCGUCUUUUACCACCUGGGCACUGCGCAGGAGUACCUGUACCACCUGACGGCGGACAGGACGCUGAGGGAGCAGCUGGGGCUGAUACCCAACCCUGGCAGGGUCUCCCAUUCCCCUCCUGAGGGAGGAGAGCUGGUUCCCUGCAUCAUGGAGAGCCUACUGGGGCCUGGGUGCCUUGUCUCGUCUGGCAGUGUGGUGGAGUAUUCCCGGCUGGGGGCGCGCACCACUGUGGGCGCCAAUUCUAUCGUCAGUGGGUGCUGCCUCAGGGAGGACACCGCUGUGCCCCCGGACACCUUCCUGCUCUCGCUGAGCAUUCCAGCGGGUUUUGUCACAGUGAUCCUCGGCACGGCUGACGACCUGAAGCUCACCGUCCCGUCUCUGUCGGAGAUCGACCGUCUGCGGCUGCUGGGCAUUGGUCUUGGGGAGGUUGUCAAGCGCCUAGGGCUGGAGGUCUCCGAGGGUCUCUUCUCCGGCGCUGGGAAAGCCCGGCUCAGUCUGUGGAAUGCCAGGAUCUUCCCUGGCCCACGAGCAAGGGCCGAGGACUCGGCCGCAGCAUCCUUAGAGAUGUCUGAAGUCCUGAGGGGGACCUCAACUCCUCAGUUCACUGGUGACGUUCAGCGGCUGUCCAUGGAGGAGAUGCUCCAGCACAAGGAUGUGCAGAGCACGCUGAAGUUCAGGCAGCAGCUGUCAGAGGAAAUUGCCUCCGGGAAGCACUUGCAGAGAAAAUAACGUCCUUCUCAUUUACCUUAAAUAUGGAUCGUCCUUAUAAAUCACCCCACAAACAUCCAGCAAAUUGCAAGCAAGUCCCUUUAGCUUUGCCAAAAGGGCAGGACUGGGACAUUAUCAGGAGGGACUCGGCUCCUAUUAAGAAUCCAAAGAACUGAACAUUCUGGCCUUCUGUAACUUGUCUCUGUAAAUGUUGGUACUUUCUUUUCCUGCCAAGCCUUCUGGUUGGAUUGGUUGUUAUCUUCAGACCUGAUCGUUACGGCCACCACUGCCACCCUGCCGAUUUUAACGAAGACGAGGUCUGACUUCCACAAGGCCCAUCCUCCGAUCGACGGUAUGGUCCGAUGUACAGUGGCCAUCUGUACUGGCUGGCCUUUGUCUUCAAACAGUCAGCGAUCAAACAGUCUGGGCUUCCUUAUCUAGCAAGGUGAAGUAUUGACUAGAUGGAAUAGAAACAGGAAAUGCUGGAAACACUCAACAGGUCAGGCAGCGUCUGUUGAGAGGGCACAAGAAAGCAGGAGCAGGCCACCCGGCCCCCUCAAGCCUUCCCUGCCAUGGCUGAUCUACAGAGGCGUCAACUCCUCUUCUGUGCUAGUUCCCCAUCACCCUCUAUUCCCCAAUCUUUCAUUUAUCUAUGUAUGUCCAACUUAAAUAUAUUUAAUGAUCCAGGCUCCACCAUCCUCGGGGACAGAAUUCCAAAGAUUCACUACCCUUUGAAAGAAAUUUCCACACGCCUCAGUUUUAAAUGACUGGCCCCUUAUUUUGUAUCUCUGUCCCCUUGUUUGUGACUCAGUAGUGAAAACAUUUGAACAUCUACUCUGUCAAGCCUCCUAAGGAUCUUGUUUGUUUGAAUCAGAUCACCUUUCAUUCUUCAAAACGGCAAAGAACACAGACCCAAACUGUCCAGCCUUUCUUAACAACCGUCUCAUCCCAGGAAUUAGCCCGGUAAAUCUGCUUUGGACUGCCUCCGAUCCUACUAUAUCCAUGUCUUAGGUAAGGGGACCACAGCUGUGCACAGUACUCCAGGUGCGGCCUCAUCAACACCCAGUACAACUGGAACACAACCUCCCCAUUAAACACCCCUCCACAAUAAAGACCAACACACUGUUUGCUGGACCUGCCUGCUAACGUUUUGUGAUUCAUGCACUAGAACACCUAGAUCCCUCCGAACUUCAGUCUCUCUGCAUUCUAAUAAUAACCGGCCUUUUGAUUCCUCUUACUGAAGUGCAUGACCUCAUGUUAAACUCCAUUUGCCAGGUUUUCACCCAAUCACUCCAUCUCUAACCCGUUGCAGAAUCACAACAUGUCCUUCCAUCCAUUUUUGUAUCAACAGCAAACUUGGAAACCUUGCAAGUUGAAGGUCAAGAGCUGAUCCCUGGGGUAGUUCAAGUUACAUUCCUCCAACUGAAAGGACCCAUUUAUUCUAACUCUGUUUCCUGUGUAACAACCAGUUUUCAAUCCACACUAACUCACUUCCUCCAGUAUCUUGGGCUCUUAAUUUAUGCACCAACUUCUUACAUGGCACCUUGACAAAGGCCUUUUGGAAAUACAAGCACAGGAUGCCCCCCUCUGUCAGCUCUCUCUGUCACAUCCUCAAAAGACUGGAAUAAAUAUGUCAAACAUGAUUUCCCUUUCAUAAAACCAUAUUGACCAGGUUGAAUUAUAUUCAACUUUCCUAAAUGAUUAGUUAUUUCCUCUGAUUAGUGAUUCUAGCCUCUCGCCAACAAUAGAUGUUACUCUAACUACCUGUAGUUCCCUACCUUCUGUCCCUUUUCUGAACAAGAGAGUCACAUUGGCUGGUUCAGUUUUCUGAUACCCUCCUGUAAUGUUCAGCCAAUGGGUCCACCAUCUCUGCAGCCACCUCCUUUGGAACCCUUGGGUGCAGACCAUCGGGUCCUGGCGACUUUGUCCACCUUUAGCCCUGUGAGUUUCUCUAAUACUUUACCCCUUGUGAUUGGGAUUUUUUUUAAAAAACAGAUUCCUCCUGUUAUUUGAAAUUAGCCCAUCUGUUACCUUGAGAACAGAUACAGUGUUCUUCACAGUAAGAAUGAGGCAAAAAAACUGAUUUAACCUGUUAACUUGUUUCCUGUUAUUAAUUCACCAGCCUUGUUCUCGAGAGGUCCCACAACUACCUUAGGCACCUUCUUCCUAGUUAUGUAUCCAUAGAAGUUAUACUGUUUUGAUAUUACAUGCAAAAUGUUUCUCAAAAUCAAUUUUCUUCCUUUUUAUGAGCUUUUUAAUCUUUUCACAGUCCUCCUUCCUACCACCAGCCCCUUGCCAUUUUGUGUAUCCUGUUUUACAAUUUGACAAUAUCUUUCAUCUCCUUUGUCACCCACGGAUUGUGCUUCAUUUUCACAGAAUCCUUCAGGUUUAAUAUUCCGGAAAAAGCUGGAAAUACUUAGCUGGUCAGUGGAGAGAGAAACAGAAUUAACACUUCAGCUCUGGGACAUUCAUUCAGAAACAUUGACUCAGCUUCUCUCCACUGAUGCUGCCUGACCUGCUGUGUGUUUUCCGGGUGCAUUUUCCCAGGAUGGAAAUCUCAAAUACUAGAGGGCAUUGGUUAAAAGAGAUUUACAAGGCACGUUUUUUUAUUAACCCAGAGUGGUGGGUGCCUGGAAUGGGUUGCCAGGGAAGCUGGUGGAAGUAGAUAAGAGGCAUUUAGACAGGCACCUGAACAGGCAGGGAAUGGAGGGAUAUAGACCAUGUGCAGGCAGAUGUGCAGCUUCAUUUGGCAUCAUGGGCUGAAGGGCCUGUUUCUGUGCUGGUACUGUUCUAGAUCCAACAUUUUCUGCUUUUAUUUCACAUUCCCAGCAGUUUAUAUUUUUGCUUACUAUCGACCAGAUGUGGUGGACGGACAGACAGGUUUUCCAGUGGUGGGGGAGACCAUUACUGGAGAAAUAAGAUAGUUGCUAAUGAAUGCAAUAGGGAAUGCACGUGGUGAGGUGAAAAUGGGACGAGGGCGUAGACAUGUGGGUGGAGCGGUUGUCUGAUUAACUGUUCCUCAGUUGUGAACACUAUGCAAUUCUUUUUCUUGGGCACUACAAAAGUUCAGCUUAUUUUUAUAUCUGCCAGUGGAUAAGGGAAUAAUUUCAACACUUACAUAAUCAUAAAGACAGUGGGUUUAACAUUAAAGAACUUGCAGGAGCAGAGACACGUGUGGCUGAGUAUAACAAGGGCAAGUAGAAAAAAAUAAUUGUACGAGAUGACAGUGUUACAGAGGUUUGGAAGAUGUAAUGAACAUUCCUGAUUCACUGGGUUGGGCCCUAGUGAGAGGAGUGUGGUGAAUGCAGGACACACCAGGGAGAAUGUCAGGUCUUAGAGCAGAUGUAGAGAUUGAAUGAUCCCUAACCAUUGUGGUACAGAAUCUGGAAGGGUUUGGAUGGACUAAAUAAGCAGAAACUAUGUCUAGGUACGGGAAGAUGGGUGAACAGAGGACAUGGGAGUGAAGGAGUGGGCAGAGGGGAGAGGAGAACUUUCCUGCAGUGACUUGCUGGGAUCUGGGACCUGCUUCCUGAAAGGAUGAUGGGAGUGGAUUCAACAGGAACUUGCAGAGGGUACUGCAUGAAUACUUGAAUACAAGAGUUGAGAGGUCAUGUUGCAACUGCAUAAAACAUUAGUCAGGCUGCACUCAGACUAUUGUGUCUGGUUCUGGUUGCCACACUCUGGGAAGGAUGUGGUACAUGGAGAGAGGUUCACCAGGAGGUUGCUUGGAAUGGAGGGCUUGCAAGGAGAGAUUCAACAAGCUGUGUUUAUUCCCACAGGGGGCUGAGGGGUGACUUUUAUAGAGGUGUAUAAGAUUAUAUGGGGCCUAGAUUGGGUAGGUAGAAUCUUUUUCUCAGGGUUGGGGUGUGUAGAGCUAAAGGGCACAGGUUUAAGGUGAGAGGGGAGACACUUAAAGGAGAUGUGAGUGGUUAUUUGGAACGAGCUGCCAGAGGCAGCGGUGGAGGGAGAUAGAAUUACAAUGCUUAAGGCAUUUGAGCAAUUGGAAAGGAGUGAUAUGGGCCUAACGGGAUUGGUGUAGAUAGGGUCAGCAUGGACAUGGUGGGCCAAAGGGCCUCUUUCCGUGUUGCACAACUGACUCUACCCAAAGGUGAUGGGGAAGACCAAAGACCAUGUGAUGGGCCAAAUGGCCUAAUGUGUAAAAUUCUAUAGUGAAAUUAUUGAAAGUUAUAAAUGAAAAUAACUUGUUUGUAUUUCUGAGACAAUCCGGCUGUUUAUCGCCAGUGCCUCGUUGAUAUUGUGUACACCUCACCGUAGCCUGUCUCCUGCUGUUCACUGGUCAGAGCCUUCAUUACACCUCACUUUCCCAACGCAACAGUGAAUGCAGUUACUUCAGCCGUUGCUGCAUUAUUGGUUUAGGAGCUGCUGCAAGAUUCUUGGCCUUCAGCCUUCAGUCACCUCUUCUCCCCAACCAUCCCCUUCCUCCCUCAUCCCUUCUGUCCUCUAAUCUCACCUGCCUUUAUUAUUCUCCCCUCAUCACCCCAUUGUAAUAUCUUCCCAUUUCUUCUGCACGUGUCUAUAACAAUCCACAACUGUUUCCAAUUCUGAUAAAAAGUCAGUCUGAAACAACUUUCUCUCCCCACUGAUGCUGCCUGACCUGCUGAGUGUUUCCUGCAUAUUGCUUUAAGAUUAGAUUUCUUUUGAUGCUGAGAUCACUUAACCCAGGGUCCAUCAGUGCCUGGGUUGGAUCAUGCUAGCAUUCACUUCCAGAUGGACUCAUCCAUUGAUCACUGUAUGAGUACAGAUCCAUUGGGCACUAUCUAUUUUUCUAAUUUAUAGACUUGCACUGUACUGCUGCCACAAAACAGCAGAUUUCAUAUCAUAUGUCAGUGAUAAUAAACCUGAAUCUGGGAUAUACAGUAGCCCCAGGCACUUGGUGCACAUGUCACCUUGUUUCUGCACUCAGUUGAACACCUAAUGAUAUCACCGAGGCCACAGGCUUCAAUCAGGUCACAAGGAGAGGGAUUGUCUGCACACACAAUGCCCCCUCCCCAUUUUUCCCUUGUGUACUGUGGAGUUUUGAGGUGCAACCUAAGACCUUGAACAGUCAUAAAAGAAAUAGGAGCACAUUGUGCUGAGAUGUCCAAUCUGGCAUCAGUUAAAGGGUCUAUUCCGAUAUUGGUGUCUUACCCACAGCACCUUCCAGUCUGUUUUCAGUGCCCAGGAUUCUUGGAACAUCUUUGCCUGCUGUUCUGUGACUGCACCCCUUUACAGCAUGCUUUGAUCUCUGCCUCACUGAUCACUGAGGUCACUUGAGAUGCAGGACUCAAUCAGGUCAAAGGAGGU